UGCAUAAGAGAAGGUUUUGGCCGCUUGGAGUUUCAGAUAAUAAUAAAAAGAUUAAUCAACAUGGGCAAAGUGAAUUGAAUUGGGACCCCAUUGAUUUGGGUUGCUCAUCCCAAGGCACCAAAAUAACGCUUUGUUCAAUGUAACGGUUAGCCGUUAGCCUGCAACUACCCCUUUCCUCAAAUUAACUGUAUCCAAAUGUAUUAACAAUAUAUUUGAAGUAUCUGUCCCCUCAGCCUCUGUGCCUAUAAAAACCCCCCAUUAACUUGCAAUAUCUCUUCAUUCUGAAACGGAGAUGGAGGUCCCUCUGAUAGACUUUGAGAAGCUUGAUGGUGAGAAGAGAAGUGAAACCAUGGCACUUCUCCACCAAGCUUGCGAAAAGGGGGGCUUCUUCCAGAUUGAGAACCAUGGAAUUGACAAAGACUUGAUGGACAAAGUCAAGCAGUUGGUGAACCGGCAUUAUGAGGAGAAUAUGAAGGAAAGCUUCUAUGAGUCAGAGAUAGCCAAAGGGUUGGAGAAGAAGAGCAUUACCUCUUGUGCAGACUGGGAAAGCACCUUUUUCAUUUGGCAUCGUCCGAAUUCCAACGUCAAUGAGAUUCCAAACCUCUCAGAUGAUCUCUGCAAUACGAUGGAUGCUUAUAUCAAUCAACUUAUCAAGCUAGCAGAGAAACUGUCAGAGCUCAUGUGUGAGAAUCUUGGUUUGGAGAAAGACUACAUAAAGGAAGCAUUUUCAGGAAGCAAAUGUCCUUCUGUAGGAACCAAAGUGGCGAAAUACCCCCAGUGUCCUCACCCUGAACUUGUUAGAGGACUCCGCGAGCAUACGGAUGCAGGCGGGAUCAUUCUCUUGCUCCAAGAUGAUCAAGUCCCCGGUCUCCAAUUCCAUAAAGACGGAAAAUGGGUAGAAAUUCCACCUUCUAAGAAUAACAGCCUCUUUGUCAACACAGGUGAUCAAUUGGAAGUGGUAACUAACGGAAGGUACAAGAGUACUUUGCACCGUGUAAUCGCAGACAAGAACGGGAGCAGAAUCUCUAUUGCCACCUUCUACAAUCCUGCGGGAGAAGCCAUCAUUUCUCCAGCUCCCAAACUCUUAUACCCCAACCACUUCCGCUUUCAAGAUUAUCUGAACCUUUAUGGUUCAACUAAGUUUGCAGACAAGGGUCCCAGAUUUGAAUCCAUGAAGAAAAUGUUGAAUGGGCACCCGAGUCUUCUUGUUUGAGAGAAUAAGCACAUCAUGCUAUGUGUCUUGCUAACUCCAUAUCUCUGUGUGCUUUGUUUAGUUUUACAUUCUAGUUUCCAGCAGAAGCUAAUAUCUGUUGCUUCCUCGGAUGUGUACAGAAGCUAAAAUCUGUUGCUUCACUAGGGAAUAAAAUCACUCGGGUGUGUGUACUAUGUGUACUAAUACCACACCCCCAGAAGUGCUUAAGUUGUAUUUGUAUUUUCAUCUUCUUUGUUUUCAGAAAAAAAUCCCAUUAGCUUCUCAGUUCUUGGAGAUGUAGGGGGCCCACUGUUAUGAUGGUAUUCUGAGAGCAGCCACUUUGUGCAUAUAUUGCUAAAGGUUAGGUCUGUCUUCAAUUGUCUCCCGCCCACAUACCCAAUGAUUUGGGACUAGAAGGGUUCAUUGUUGUUGUUGUUGUAUCUUCUUUGUUUUCAAUCAAUGCUUCCUUGCCGUCUCA